ACUGCUAUACUAUGCAUUUUUCCUAAUAUAAAAUCCAACACCCACCUUGAGAACUUGUGGAUUAUGAGAUGAGUCUACGUUUGUGAGGGCAUAUGCUUCUUGGCCAUGCGCCUUUCAACGAUUCUAUCAAAUUCAAAGAAUUCUAAUUGGAUUUCGAGAAUCAGGGAGUCAUCAUCUAAUGGAAAAUGGCAAGAAGUGAUUUCACACUACCAAGAAAUGAAAAUUUUUGAAACUCACCCACCAAAUAUUUCGCUUUUCCCUUCUGUUCUCAAAGCAUUUUCAUACAUUUCCAGUAAGCAUGGGAAAUCUUUUCAUGCUUGUUUGAUCAAGGAGGGACUAGAAUCAUGUACUUCCAUUGGAAAUUCUAUCAUGAGUUUUUACUUUAAGUGUGGCGAGUUGAAUGCUGCUAUGAGCAUUUUUAAUUCCAUGAGAAGCAAAGAUUCAGUUUCUUGGAAUAUUUUGAUUCAUGGGUAUUUGAAUUAUGGUGCCUUAGUAGAAGGGUUAUGGCUGUUUCCUAGUGCUAGGGUUUCUGGAUUUGAACCGAACAUAUCCACAUUGGUCCUUGUAAUUCAAGCAUGUAACAGCCUUAAAGCAAAGCAUGAAGGGCUCCAAGUACAUGGUUAUAUAAUUCAAAGUGGGUUUUGGGCCAUUUCUUCCAUACAAAACUCCUUGCUUUGCAUGUAUGCAGAUGUUGACAUGGAAUGUGCAAGAAAUCUGUUUGAUGAAAUGCCUGACAGAGACGUCAUCUCUUGGAGUGUCAUGAUUGGUGGUUAUGUGCAGAGCCUGGAACCUCAAAUUGGAUUCCAGAUGUUUCAAGAAAUGUUACAACUGGGCAAGACUGAACCAGAUGGAGUUAUCAUGGUAAGUGUUCUUAAAGCUUGUGCUAAUGCAGUGAACAUACGUAUGGGAAAAUUGAUACACGGGUUGUCGAUUUGCAAAGGUUUAGAUAGUGAUUUGUUUGUCAAGAACUCUUUGAUUGAUAUGUACUUGAAUUGUCAAGAUAUUGAUGCUGCAUUUAAUGUUUUCAAUGAGAUGUCUAAUAAGAACAAUGUCUCGUGGAAUUCUAUGCUAUCAGGAUUAGUCCUUAACGAGAACUAUGUAAAAGCUUUAUCAUUGAUUUAUUCAAUGCAAAAGGAAGGAAUUGAAGCUGAUGAAGUGACUUUGGUGAAUAUUCUUCAAAUAUGCAAGCACUUGGCUUAUACAUAUCAGUGCAAAGCAGUCCACUGUUUGAUAAUCCGUCGGGGAUAUGAAUCAAAUGAAUUACUUAUCAAUUCUCUUAUUGAUGCUUAUGCAAAGUGCAAUUUCAUUAAUCUUGCAUGGGACGUCUUUGUUAGGGUAAGGAGAAGGGAUGUGGUUUUGUGGAGCACAAUGAUUGCUGGGUUUGCUUAUUGUGGGAUGGCAAAUGAAGCGAUAACUAUCUUUCAGGAGAUGAAUGAGGCAAAAGAAGUGCCUAAUGCAAUUACAAUUGUAAAUCUUCUUCAGGCUUGUUCAGUUUCAGCUGAAUUGAAAAAGUCGAAAUGGGCACAUGGAGUCACAAUUCGAAGAGGUUUGGCAGCAGAAGUGGAAGUUGGAACUGCAAUUGUUGAUAUGUAUUCCAAAUCUGGAGAAAUACAGGCAUCAAGAAAGGCCUUCAAUCAAAUUCGAGAGAAAAAUAUAGUAACAUGGAGUGCUAUGAUAGCUGCAUAUGGUAUGCAUGGUCUUCCCAGUGAAGCAUUGUCUUUGCUUGCUGAAAUGAAAUUACACGAGCUCAAGCCGAAUGCUCUAACCACUCUAUCAGUGCUUGCUGCUUGUAGUCAUAGUGGAUUAAUCAAUGAGGGGCUCUCCAUUUUCAAAUCAAUGUUCCAAGACCAUGGGAUUGAACCUGCAUUUGAACACUACUCGUGUGUAGUCGACAUGUUAGGUCGUGCAGGAAAGCUUGAUACUGCAAUGGAAUUUAUUGGAACGAUGCCUGAAAAAUUUAAGGGUCGUGCAAGUAUUUGGGGGGCAUUAUUGAGUGCUUGUAGAAACUAUGGGAAUACUAAGCUUGGUGAAAUAGCCAUCUCUCGUAUUAUUGAGCUGGAGCCUUUGAACUCUGCUGGAUAUAUAUUGGCGUCAAGCAUGUAUGCCGGAGAUGCGUUGUGGGUCGAUGCAGCUAGGAUGAGAUUGUUGGCCAAGGAGAGAGGAGUAAGAGCUAUUGCUGGCUAUAGUUUAGUGGACGUUGAUAGCAAAGCUAGUAGAUUUGUUGCUGGAGAUAGGUCUCAUCCACUAGCAGGUCAUAUGUACUGUAGGCUUCGUCAAUUGCAUGACUGUAUGAAGAUUCAUGAAAUAACAGAUACAGUUUUUGUUGAAUACUAGCAAUUAUCAAAACUUUUUUUUUUUGGCAAUAAUAGCUUUUGAGCUAACUUUUAGCGUU